AUGCAGAUCUUUGUCGCCAGUCUCCAGGCCGUAAACCUCCUCAUCUUGAGCCCCGUAGAUGAAGGCCAUCUUUGCGGGUGGGACUCUUUCCAAGCCAGUCCAGCGGCCUCGCCAGGAUCUGUCGCUUCUCGACUCUUUAUUGCUUCGCGAGGUAUCGGUACCCCAUGGGUUAUCAAGAAUAUUCCACAACACCCCAAGGUUCUUGCCGCUUAG